CAAACUCGCGAAGCCGUGUAUCCAUGUCGUCAGCAGCUCAACUUCGGAAUGUUUAUGAAAUGCUGAUUCUCCAGUAUGAACUAAUGUCUUGUGGCAAGAAGUCCAGUCCAGCAAACUUAUGGCCCGCCAAGAGUUCUCCAGGUUAUUUUGGCUCUGGGACGAGUCCAAGCUGCUCGGCAGGAAAAAGGAAGCGCUGUGACAGCUCGUCUCCGUUUUCAUCAGUUCAUCUUGGUGAUCAAGAUGGCUGGACAGAGGAAAAGGAUUGCUGCCGGAAGGAGACCAAAGGCCAGGAGACAGUUAACAAGAAAUCAACCGUGAUCAUAUCGGAAAACUCAAAUGCUAAAGCACCUCAGAAGCCGAGGACUGGAUAUCAUAUAUUCCUUAGAUUGGAGACUCAUAGGCUAAGGAAACAUGCUGAGCUUCUCUACACCUAAGGAGCCUGCGGACGAUGUUUAUCACGUGUCCUUCGAAGAUGACCUCCAUUCACCUGAUGAGUCAAUGGUUGGAUUGGCAAUUGAGGCGAUGAAGAAUGCGGGAUCCAGCGACUCGUUCUUCCAGAUUGAUUGGGAAAAUGGCCCUCCUGGCAUACGUUUUAACUGAAGUAUGACAAGACACCCUCUGAGACGACGAGCUUGUAGAUCUGGUGUGCAAUUUUGAGCUUUCCUGGGAGAAGUUUUUGCAUAGAAGGGCUU